AUGUCCGAGCAAGAAGGGACAAAACGCAAGGCGGCGUACCGCUUCUCUAUCCCUGUUGACAUAGACAUGCUAAAGGAGGUCAUGUUUGCAUGUCCUCAUGAUGCGCCGUACGGUCAAACAUCGAGUCGAUGGCAGGAGGUCGGAGAGCACAUGCGUGCACUACUCGGACCAGAACUCAGCGCUGGAGGUUGCCGCAAACGGCAUGACGAUCUCAUGGCAGCGUUCAAGAAGGAGACUGUAAAGUCGAUGCGUGCAUCUGGGACUGAAGAGGAAUACCUGGAGCGAGAGCAGCUCCUUCAGGACCUCUCUGACAUGAUUGAGAGCGCAAAUGACAAACGGAAAAGCAUCCAAGAAGAGAAGGACAAGAAAGCAGAUCGCCGGGAAAGCGACGGACACCUCAUUCGGGAAGCGGCUCUUGCCGGGCUGAAGCGCAAAGCGACGGCGCAGGACUCUCUCGACGAGAGUGAGGAUGACGACAGGUCUCCUUCGAAGAAGAAGGAAUCGCGGGGAACGACCCCACUGAAGGAGGCAGUGAGCGCUGUCGUCGACUUUGCUGCGAUAAUGGAGGCAUCGCACAAACUCAUGCGCGAAGACCAGGAAAUGCAAAAGGAGGCCCAUGUGCUAGCCUUGCGGAAGUUAGAACUCGACGAGCAGCGUUUUCUACUGGACAAAGCGGAGCGUGAGGCCAGAUUUGCUGCAGAACAAGUCGAACGCCAGACACAGUUCGAGUUUAUGCAAGGCACGGUAGAAUUACUUCGCGCACUAGCUCAGAAAAUGUAA